UUCUGGACAAACAAAAACAAAAACAUUUUGGCCGCAUUCAGCUUCACCAAGGAUGACCAUGCCAGGACAAUCUACCAGUUCAACGCAUCGACGCUGCAGGCUGUCGGAGCUCCCUUCGAAGGGCACACUAAUACUGUCACUGGUCUAGCACUCUCAUUUGAUGGCACUCUCCUGGCUAGUGCUGGUGAAGACGACACCAUAAAGCUCUGGGCCUUCGAGUCCCGCAAGCUCCUUGCUUCCUUCGACACUCGGAAUCCUAGAGUCCUUAUCCUCUCGCCUGACUCGUGCAAACUGGCUUAUACAACCGUGACACACCUUGAAGAUGACUACAAAAUCUACAUAUGCAACACUCCGCCCGAGGUCCUUGCUCAGGCCGGUGUACACAAUCCUCGCGAACAUCCACUUUAUGCGUGCUCACAUCCCCUUACAGACCAUUGCACGCAAAAACUUAAAUUCAGCCUUCAGUGAUCUACUAAAUUCUGAUGCAACUCGUCGUCCUGCCGCUGGGUGCUGCAGACCACCGAUACCUGCCAUACCUAUGGUGCAGAGACCUUCGCUUACAAUAGAGCAACCCAUGUUCCUUCGCCUCAGCAAACUUCUUCGUUUCUCUCGCGCGAACGCAUUACGGCCUGGUCAGAAGGAUCAACCUUGCGAUCCCUUAGAUAUUUCUGCUACGUUGCCUUUACCCCGCCCUCUCUCGGUGCACACCUCAACUCUGAGACGCUCAGAUAUAAAUUCCGGCGGGAAUGCGAGUUUCGACCGCUUCCCGUCACACUCUUUCCAGUCUCGACUACUGUCAACUACUACAUCGUCUGCCACUGGCAACCCACCCACCACAUUUGCAGCCCGUAUACACCACCUAUCAUUCUGGCGGCCCAUUCGUGGAGGUCACGGACAGCCGUCCGUCGUUGACAUUCCUCUCGCGCAGGCUAGAGAGCGCCACGUUGCAGCGGACGCUCCCAAAAAAGAUGAUGAUAUAGUACCUAUUGAAUAUCUCGACCCUCCCUCACCGAAUCCUGAUUCACAACAACCAGCCACAGCAGCACAGCCUGCCACCGGAGAGCACGGAGGCGACCGAUCAUGUUUCUGCUUCUAGCAUGGUGCUGUUGACAUUUCCUGUGUUUUAUAGUUGUUAACUCGCAUUUAGUGUUCUAUGGACGUAGAUACAUACUUGAGAUUUCACCUUGUCGCUGAUAAUAUUUUGAGUGCAUACACGAGACACGUCCAAUACA